CUGAGGUACAACGUCAGUUUUUGAUAAAAGUAGGUUGAUUUGUUUAGCCGUAGUUAUUUUUCUGUUUUCUUUGUCAUCUCUUCAUAUGUAAAAAUAAGAAUUCUUAGUUCUUCUUGAAAAGGAAUUACGCAAGGGAAAUUGUUUAUAAAAACGAAGCCACAAGUAAAAUCAAAAGGGAUCUGAUAACGAAAAAAUAUAAAUGUUUUGCAAUAAAGGAAAUGAGACCGCCAUCAUGACAGUAUAUUACCUCUAACAUAACUUUGCCUUCAGACAAGUAAAUCGAUUGAGAGGGAAAAAAUGCAUCAGGAUUUAAAAGGUGCAAUGCUAUUCAGCCCCUGAAGGGCCUUAUCCGUGAAGAGAAACCAGACCCUUUUCCCUCUAAGGUCGAGGGAGAAAUUGUGUCAUAAACACACCUGUUGGCGACUUGGCUCCCAAACGGGACAGCAAAAUACAGAUUGUGAAGAUUUCUCAGUGGAAAAAGUUACUCAAUUUUUUGCAAUGUGCUUCAUGGGUAUGGCCUUAUAUGGAGUUGUCCGUCGGGCGGCUUGUGCUCUAAAACAGCGAGCGCAAAUGAGUCUUCUGUCACUCUGGAGCCACUGGAAUGAAAAAAAAGCAGCCGUGACAUCAGAUUGUGCUCAGUGGAUCUAAAUCAUGGACUUGCUAAGAAAUUUCAGGCGUCUACUUUUAGUCUACCAUGAGAAUUUAUGCGGAUAUAAGACCUAUAAUAAUCGUUCUUUUCCUCACAAAUUUUGGAUGGAAUUAUCCUCUUCCACUAAAACAACUUCCAGGAAAACGAAUGGUGAUGACGAAAAAGUCCUGCCAAGAUCCUUUGGGAAACAAAGGAACCUGCAUGUUUAAAUACGACUGUAUUAGGCAGAAAGGUGUAACUUUGUCCACAUGUGUUGAUGGUUUUUUGUUUGGAGCUUGUUGCUUUUUGAAAGAGGAAUCCAUUCAAAUUAUUUCAGAUGAUGUUCAUUCCGUCAAUUAUAAAGGGCAGAACGAAACUAUAUAUAAUUUUUACCAAAUAGAAUCGGAAGCGCCCUUAAAUAAUUCAACAGAACCCUCUCUUCAUUUAGAAGACAUCUCUAAUGCAUCUUUUAAUAAUUUCUCAAAUAAAAAUUUUCAAGAGCAUUCAUCAACAAACGUAUCAGAUCUCUUUUACAGUUCCGAAACUAAACAAAGUACUACAAUUGACCUUUCUAUUUAUGGAAAUAAUUUCACAACUUUUAAGAAUGUUCUUCACAAACAAGUACAUAAUACUACCCAUAUUCCCUCAGCUGCUGUUGCAAAUUUUUCGAAGUCUUUGGUUUCUGAAUCUAUUACUUUCUUCACACGACCAAUAGAUUAUAAUGAAAAAAUAAUAAUGAAUAACGAGUCAUCUUCAUUAAGUCCUACAUUUCAAAAUAGUACAAGAAUCAAUAACUCAAAUGUUCUUCCUGAGUUUCCAAGCUCAACUGAAUCCCAUUCUAUUCCUGUUUCUGAAUCUUCUGAAAAAGUAGAAUUCGAAGAAUAUAGAAAUAAAUUAACAAGCAUCAGUCAUUUUGACAACAGUAAUAUGGAAAGCAGUACAGCCGAUACUAUUAAUCUCUUUAAUGAAGAACAGGAAAAUUCAACUGCACUAAAUAAAUCGAUUUUCUCUGAUUUAAAUUCAACCGAUUCUUCUACAAGCACCGACGAAACUGUCUUUCAAGAUAUUCUGGUAACUACCGAAAAACCUUAUGAAAUGGAAGAACCAGAUGGAUUGAUAAAUGAAAAUUUGCCUUUCGAUUAUAAUUAUUUAAAUAUCCAAUCUUCGCAGCCAACAGACAGCUAUAUGGUUUCUUCAUUUCAAAUUAAUUUUUUGACGAUUUCUGAAAAUAACUCCACAAACGUUUACAAUUCAACAAAUGAAUCUGGUUAUGAAAAUUUUGUUAUUCUAAAUAAAAAUUUUACUACUGAACCAACUCAAAAUACAGUUAUUUUUAGCACCAUUGAAACUCCAUCGAUUCAGACAAAUUCAGAACCAACGAAUUUUGAAGUCUUAACGGUAUCACAAGAUUAUCCUAAAUUGACUGAAUUGGAGGAAGAAGAAUUACUAAAUGCAAACAUAACUUCAAGUAAUUUUGGCGUAUUCGAGAACACUACCUUCUACGAUGGAACUUCAACAUCGCCUAACAACUUGACAGAGAUUUUUAACUCAAAAGCAAGCAAUUCCAACAUAAAGUCAUUUGAUAAAAAAACAACAAAAAGUGAUGUUCUUCCGAGUCUUCCGUGGUCUUCAAAUUCUAUUCUUCCGGAAAGUUUUCAAUCUGUUAUCUCACAGCUGAUUGAAAAGGAAGUAUCUAGUCCUGAAAAUUUCAUUUUGAAUUAUGAAACACAUGCAACUCCAGCUGUUGACGUAAAUACGUUGGUGGACCAAAGUUUAUUUCUAGAUUCUGAAGAAAACCUAAAUAUGGAAUUUAAAAGUCACAAUAUUUCUGGAUUUGUUGAUGAAAAUUUUUUCUCAAGUGAAUUAGAUCAAGACUUAAAUACCAAAUUUCCGGACCUUGAUAAUUUUACUUUUACACCUUCACCUGGUUCCUCCAUAACAUUGAAUGUCAAUAAAUUCGAUGAUGUUAAUAAAAAUAUUUUACUAAUACCAAAUGUUUUUAUCAAUGAUUUAGCAAAAAACGAAAUAAAUGUAACAUUAAGUGUAAAUCUGAGUAAUGAUGUUUCUCCAAAAGAUGAGUUGGAAAUAACAUCUAAUAUAUAUAACAUUGAGGAAAUUCCACAUACUGUAGAAGAUUUCACGCUUGAAUCUGAAGGUGAAAAAACUGAGGUAGGCAUAUCUACAUCGUCUUCUUUAGGUUUUCUCACUGAGCAAAAUAAAGUGUCCGAAUCGAAUUUGAACUCAUACAUGGAUGAAAUUCUACUUUCAGCACAGACUGAAGCUUAUACAUUUCCAACCACAGUUUUUCAAGAUAGCAGUAACCAGGAAAAAAAUAAUAUUCAAAUUUCAACAUUGCAACUACUUGAUCAGAGCUUCUCUGAACCAAUAACUUCUUUUCCUAAUGUACAAAGUCAAUCAUUGGACAAUUCAUUGUAUAAUGCCACAGAAGUUUCAGCAACACUACCUGAAGAAGCAGCAACGAAUAGUUAUCCUACAGUAAUACAGAUUAUUAAUAAUCACACUGGCAAAAACUCAUCUGCAAUUAAUUUUUUAAAUCACAUGAGGGACUCAAAUGAGUCCUUUGUAAGUACUAUUUUUGCUCAAUCCGAGAAAACUGGAAUAGAAGAAAACGCUACUAUUUAUCCCAUUGUAAAUAACGGUACAGAGAAUAGAAAUGAUUUAUAUGAAAUAGAAACAUUCAUAAAUACAUCUACUCCAAUAAUUUUAAAUGUUGAGAAUUUUGAAGAAAGUCAGCUAGUUGAUUCAUCGACACAUCUGGUUGUCAGUUCCGAUAUUUCUAACUCUUUUAAUGAAUCAGUAGAUUCUAGUCAAAGCAUAUCAUCUGAAAUAUUAUCUUCAUAUACAGACUUCAAUUCGACAAAUACGUUCCCAUCAGUUUUAAUUGAUAAUUUAACUAGUCCUCUUGCAACAAUUAUUUAUGAUGAUAUAAAAGACAUGGAUUUUGAAGAACAGUAUUUAACUCAUACGGAUGGACAAUCUAUUGAAAAUACUGAUGAUUUCCAUAAUAUGAUCUUUGCAGAAGAUGAACAUUCAACUGGAUACGUCAGCCACUUAGAUGAAAAUUCAGACCACACAAUAAGUGAAACCAAAUCAACACAAAAUAUUAUUCUAUUUAAUUACACUGAUGAGAAUUCUGAUGACGGCAUAUUUGUUUCGCAUAUCACAACAGAACUCAGUAAUGCUGAAACUUCCGAAUUUACUACCAAAAAUACUGAAAUUUCCGAAACGGUUUUACCAUCUGCAUUAACUUCACUUUCAGAUAUGAAUGCCUUGACAGAUACGGGAAAGCCUCCUCUUCCAAUUUCUUCAUUACUUACAGAUCUGAGUGAUUCAGAUACAUCUAUAGCAACUUCAUCUACUGACAUUAUUUCGUCCACUAUUUCGCCAUAUGCUACAAUCACACAAAGCUUAAAUUUUCCAACACAUGGGGAUGUAUUUCCAAAUACCUCGCACGAACUUUCUGUCAUUCAUUCAACCGGAAAUACAACAUUAUCAACUUUGUCAACAUUAAAAUCGCCUAGUAUUCAAGAUGCUGAAACAACGAAUCCCGAUGAAUUUAUCAAUUUGUCAACACAAGCGUAUUCAAGACCAAUUCCAGUAACAACGACGGCACCUAAGGUUGAUGUGCAGAGAUGGAAUUAUAAAAAAGACUGCGGCGUAAGAUUGAUGCCUGUGGGUCGAAUAGUUGGUGGAAAAAAUACAUUUUUUGGAAAAUGGCCUUGGCAAGCGUUGGUAAAGGAAGCUACAUGGUUAGGUCUUUUUGUAAAAAACAAAUGUGGUGGAGUGCUCAUUACUUCAAAAUACGUGUUGACGGCUGCUCAUUGUCAACCUGGGUUUCUUGCGUCACUGUUAGUGGUUUUGGGAACGCAUGAUCUUGCCGAGACUUUCGAUAACAAAGCAUCAAUAAUAAGAAAUGUGAAAAGAAUGGUGGUUCACCGUCACUAUAAUGCACAAACAUUUGAAAAUGACUUGGCCUUACUAGAAAUGGAAGCUCCAGUGGAAUUUUUGCCAUACGUUGUCCCAAUCUGUUUACCUCAUCGUAAUGAAGAUUUUACUGGAAAAAUGGCAUUUGUUACUGGGUGGGGUAAACUCACUGCCGGAGGAGAUGUACCAAAUAUUUUGCAAGAAGUUCAAGUGCCAAUCGUUACAAAUGGAGAAUGCCAAAGAAUGUUCUAUCAAGCAGGACAUCAAAAAGCAAUUCGAAGCAACUUUGUAUGUGCUGGAUACACAAAUGGAGGACAGGAUUCCUGCGAGGGGGAUUCUGGAGGCCCGCUUAUGGUUCAGAGAGAAGACACACGUUGGGUAUUAGUCGGAACGGUAUCUCAUGGGAUAGGAUGUGCUGACCCAAACUUGCCAGGAGUUUAUAUGCGAAUGUCUUCUUACAGACCUUGGAUUGAUUCCAUUAUUUAUAAAUAAAUCACAGGAGAGAAAUGUUGCUCUGUAUUAGAGAGCAGAACUAUGGUGCCUAUUGUGUUUCGAAAAAAAAAAAAAAGUGUUGUAUCACAAUUUGGAAAUGAACUCUAAAAAGGAGAGAAAAUUUGUCAUACAAGCAAUAUUUUUAUAGAUCUUGCAUGUCAGUGUUUAUAACUGCCAUAUACUGUAUAUUUAUACUAAAAUGUUUUAAAAACGGUUCGAGUAAAAAUAUGAAUUAAAAAUAUUUUCAAUAUUAAAAGGAACCCCAAUCUAUGUUUAAAGGGAAUGAAUGCAAUCAUAUAGCUGUUAGAUGGGUUUUUUUCAACUUUAAAUAAAUUCUGACAAUUGUAAAAUAGAUGUGUUUUUGACUGUUGUGUUCUAGUAAUCCUUGAAAAUGUAUUAUAUAUGUGUUAUUUCAUUGAACAGAAAUCUUAUUUAUUUAUUUAUGA